UUUUUUUUUGGUUUGUCAAACUUGGCUUCUUCCUUCUUUUGUCCUCUUCUUCCUCGCCUUUUCAAACGAACCAGCAGGUGGCAAGAGCGCCUUAGAUUACAAAUCCAAAAAAGAGGAAGGUGGGAGAAGCCUUGGUAGCGAGGCGGUGCUUUGCUGGUCGUCUCUUCUCCUUCUUCUUCUUCUUCUAGCGUUUCCAUGGUUCAAACAUAAACCUCCAGUACAUGAUUUUGACUCUUUAAGCAAAACCCAAAUGUUAGCAGAAGAAGAAGAAGAAGAAAUCCCACAAAAACCCAUUUCCCUCUUCUCGAUAAAACAGUAAUUGAACCCUCUCUCUCUCUCUCUGUCUCGAGAACAAGAACCAGAGGAGGAAGAAGAAGAAGAAGAGAUCGCAUGGCGGGUGAUAACGAAGUCAACCUCAAUGAAUCCAAGAGGGUGGUUCCGCUCAACACCUGGGUUCUGAUAUCUAACUUCAAGCUAGCUUACAACCUCCUCCGCCGUCCCGACGGCUCAUUCAACCGCGACCUCGCCGAAUUCCUCGACCGGAAGCUCCCGGCCAACACCAACCCCGUCGACGGCGUCUUCUCCUUCGACCACCUCGACCGAUCCACCGGGCUUCUCAACCGGGUCUACCGACCCGAAUCCCAAUUGGGUCCGCCCACCGCCCCGAUCGAUCUCGAGAACCCGCUCAGCACCACCGCCGUCGUCCCCGUCAUCGUCUUCUUCCACGGCGGGAGCUUCACCCACUCCUCCGCAGGCAGCGCGAUCUACGACACCUUCUGCCGCCGCCUCGUCCCCCUCUGCGGCGGCGCCGUCGUCGUCUCCGUCAACUACCGCCGCUCGCCGGAGAAUCGGUACCCGUGCGCUUACGACGACGGGUGGGCGGCUCUCAAGUGGGUCAAAUCCAGGCCCUGGCUCCGCAGCGGCAAGGACCGCAACUCCUCCGACGUACACGUGUACCUCGCCGGCGACAGCUCCGGCGGGAACAUCGCCCACCACGUGGCCGUGAAGGCCGCGGAAGCCGGGAUUUCGAUACUGGGUAACAUCCUGCUCCACCCGAUGUUCGGCGGGGAAGCGAGGACGGAAUCGGAGAAGCGAUUGGACGGGAAGUACUUUGUCACGGUUCAGGAUAGGGAUUGGUAUUGGAGAGCUUUCUUGCCGGAAGGGGAAAGCAGAGAUCAUCCGGCGUGUAACGUGUUCGGACCCAGAAGUAAGAAUCUAGAGGGGAUGAAGCUGCCCAAGAGCUUGGUGGUGGUGGCUGGUUUGGAUCUGAUUCAGGAUUGGCAGCUGGCGUAUGUUGAAGGCAUGGAGCGAACUGGGAAUCAGGUGAAGCUCAUUUUUCUGCAGGAUGCGACGAUUGGGUUCUACUUCCUGCCCAAUAAUCAGCAUUUCCACUGUCUCAUGGAGGAGAUUAAGAACUUCGUCAGUGCCGCCUAACCAAUUGUAAUGUAAAACUACUGAUGCUACUCAUAAUAGCAGUAAGUUGUUGUUAACCAUAGCAGCCACCGGCUUACCCCAUUUGUCAGAUCUAGAGAUAACGAAGUAUGUAAAUUUCCAGAGUCUGACGAGGGGAGUCGUGUCGUGUUGUAAUUUUUCAGUCACACCUGUUAAUGGAUGAAACUAUUGCUGUUACGAUAUUGCUAAUGCCGCCUGACGUUACCACUAGACCAAUGAUCAGAUGGUUUUAGAGAUUGGAC